AAGAAGACGGGAAACAAAGAAAAGAUACUGAGGGAAGGAAGAAGAGGGAGGAGAGAAGGGGAAGUGGUUGCCGACAAAGGGUCUCCACCAUUGCUGGACCGCCGACUAGUCUGGGAGGAGAGAGAGAAAAUCGCAGAGAGAGAGAAACAGAGCAACGAAGGAAGGAGAAGAAUCGAAGGAGAAAUAGGGGACGGGGAGGGCGACGACCGACGACCCCAUUACCGUCGUCGCUGAAUCGCUGGCCAUCUGCAGCCUGAAGUGUGAUGAUGGAUGGAAAUCAAAUCAAUGAGGGAUAUGGUUUCCGCUGGGAGUCACAGCCAAUUCUUAAUUCGCAGCAUGUGCGCGGUAGUUGUGAAGGGUCACUGGUGCACUCUCUUGAAGUCGAAGAAUGGCACUUCUUGUUCAGCUCUCACUCCUACGCCCGUUCAUAACGUCCUCCUGCAGCUCUCACUCCAUGGUUAUGGGCCCACACAUUCCUUCCCUUUCUUCAAGUGGGCCCAGUCAAUCCCAAACUAUACCCACUCCUUGCACUGCUCGUGGGCCAUGGUUCACAUUCUUGCCAAGCACAAGCACUUCAGAGAUGCACAACACUUGCUCGAGAAAAUUUCCCAGAGGGAUUUCCUCUCCUCGCCUUCGGUUUUGAUGUCUCUCAUCAGGUCCCAUGAGGACACGGAGGUAAAUUCACAAGUGCUGAGCUGGCUUGUGAUAAUUUAUGCAAGGUCGAAACCAGCCCUGCAGGAUGCUGUUCAGGUUUUUGAGUAUAUGAGGGUUUCUGGGCUUAAGCCACACUUGCAUGCCUGCACUGUGCUGUUGAAUUCUUUGGUUAAAGAUGGGGUUGUUAACUUGGUGUGGAAGGUUCACAAGGGAAUGGUUCAAGUAGGGCUUUUCAGUAAUGUUUAUAUCUACAAUUGCUUGAUUCAUGCUUGUUCAAGGUCACGUGACAUAGAGCGUGCAGAGAAGUUGUUGAACGAGAUGGAGGAAAAGGGUGUAGUUCCUGAUAUCUUCACUUACAAUACUUUGAUUUCAUUGUAUUGCAAGAAGGGUAUGCACUAUGAGGCUUUAACAGUACUUGAUAGAAUGGAAAGAGAAGGGAUAGGUCUUGACAUUGUUAGUUACAAUUCUCUUAUCCAUGGUUUUUGUAAAGAAGGUAGGAUGAGGGAAGCUAUGAGGAUGUUUAGUGAGAUGAAGAACAAUGUGACUCCGAAUCAAGUGACUUAUACUACAUUGAUUGAUGGGUAUUCUAAGGUGAAUGAGCUCGGGCAAGCUUUGAAGUUGCACAAGUUGAUGCAGGCUGAGGGGUUGGACCCUGGAGUUGUCACUUAUAACUCGAUUCUGCGCAAGCUAUGUCAGGAUGGCAGGAUAAGGGACGCAAACAAAUUGUUGACUGAGAUGAGCGAAAGGAAACUCCAAGCUGAUAAUAUCACAUGUAACACGUUGAUUAAUGCUUACUGCAAGAUAGGAGAUUUGAAAUCUGCUCUGAAGUUCAAGAAUAAGAUGUUGGAAGCUGGGCUGAAGCCUGAUCCAUUUACAUACAAGGCACUGAUACACGGGUUCUGCAGGGUAAAUGAACUGGAAAGUGCAAAGGAGCAUCUUUUUGGCAUGCUUGAUGCUGGAAUUUCACCAAAUUACUCUACGUACUCAUGGAUUGUGGAUGGACUUUGCAAGAAGAACAACAUGGAUGCAGUUCUAGCACUGCCAGAUGAGUUUUUAAGCAGAGGCCUUUGCCUUGAUGUUUCAGUAUAUAGGGCACUGAUUAGAAGGUUAUGCAAACUAGAAAAGAUUGCAUGUGCUGAGAAGUUAUUGAAUCAUAUGGAGGGAAAAGGUAUAUCAGCUGAUAGCGUUAUUUACACUAGUAUCGCCUAUGCUUACUGGAAAGCAGGGAAUACAAAUGCUGCAUCAAAUGUGUUAGUUGAGAUGGCUAGGAAGAGGUUGAUGAUAACAAUCAAACUCUAUAGAUGUAUUAGGGGUGCUGAUGAUAAUAGUGAAAGCAAAGUGUUACAGAUAUUCUGGGAUCAUGUAGUGGAUUUAGGUCUGAUGUCAAGAAAUACAAUGAAUAAGAUACAACAGAUGGCAAUAUGAUAAUAAAUUCGUCUUAUUUUCAGUUGAUUGCAACUGCUGUGUGAUGUCUACAAAAACCAUCUUCAUAUUUUGACUAGAUGACAAAUUGAUUAUUGUAUAGCAUUAAGUGGCCACCUAUAUAUUCUCCUAUCUCUUCAUUCUGUGUCUCACCUGCUCUUUGCCGCUUCCCUCUGCUGUAGCUCUCUGAUGCUAUUUGGUUAGGGUUCAGAGAGAAGGUACUGGUGGGCAGAUUUCUGGGAGUGAUUUGUGGGAUACACUAGAAGAUGGGUUUAGCUUUGCAAGCUGGAUUUCUCUCUUCCCUCUGAUUCUCUGAGCUGAUGAUGGUGGCGGUUAAGAUCAAAUUAAAUUUCGGAGUUAAAGAAUAUGUCUUCCACACUGGUGAACUUUGGGAGGCAAAGGAGAGGAUAUGCAAGGCUUCCAUUCACGGAAACUUAACUAGUUGGGAUUUCAGAUUUAGUGAAGUGAAAUCGUCCUGGGCAACUUCAUCAUUCAAAUCUCGGGAAACUUAUUGGAUACUGCCUUGAAGGGGAUAACUGGCUUCUGGUGUAUGAGUACAUGCCCAAAAGAAACUUGGAAAAUCACUUAUUUCAUAGUAUUUUCGCUGUUGUUGCUUAGUUACUACUAAUAAUAUCACAUGAAUCUUGGCUUGGUCCAGUAAUUAACUAAUGUGGAAGAUUGAAUUGCAUGCAAAGGAGGACAAAACGCUUCCUUGGGCAACAAGAAUCAAAGUUGCUAUUGGUGUUGCUUGAGGACUAACCUUCCUACAUGAAUCUAAGCAACAAGUUUUCUACUGAGAUGCAUAGUUUUUUUUUAUAUUGCGGAUGGCAAUUCAUGACUGCGAGCCAAAAAUCCAGUUAUAGUGGAUGGCGUUGCGGAAUAUGGCGAAAAUGGCGGAUUACUUAAAAAAUACACAUAUAUGUACUACAAAAAAUAAUACAGAAAAAUUGUAAAUAUAAUAAAUUAUAAAAUCUAUCUAUAUAAGCAAUUUUUUAGUCAUAAAACAUCCAAUUA